AUGGGUAUCGACGGAUUCUUGCGGCAGCUCAGUGACGUUGUAGAUAAGACGCAUUUAGAGCAGUUUACAGGCCAAAUACUGGUAGUAGAUGCACUGUCAUGGCUCUAUAAGGCUUGCUAUGGCUGUGCUUUUGAGCUCUCGACUGGUAAAGAUACGGACAAGUACGUUCAUUAUAUGCUGCGUAAAGUGGACAUGAUGUAUAGCUGUGGAGUAGCCAAGAUCAUUCUCGUGUUUGAUGGCCAGCGACUGCCACUCAAGUCUUCUACACAGGAAAAAAGGCAGAAAUACAAGGAAGAACAUCGGAAUCGAGCGUUGGAGGCCAUGACAGUUUCCAAGCAAUUGCAUGGAAGUGAUCGUCAGGAUGAAGUUAACAAAGCCUUUCAGCUCUUUCAACGGUCGGUAUCGAUCACCCCACAAAUCAUUUCUACAGUCAUGAAUGCGUUGCGAGCAAAAGGAAUCCCGUUCGUUGUAGCGCCAUUCGAAGCCGAUGCGCAGAUGGUGUGGAUGUGCAAGGAGGGCUUGGCGGCAGGAAUCGUGACGGAAGACUCCGAUGUGGUAGUUUAUUGCCUUACUGCCAACGUCUCCUGCCCUGUUCUCGUCAAGCUAGAGGACAAUGGAUCUGCUCAGGCUGUGUCGCGCUCCAUUCUGUACAAGAAUUCGGCGAAGUAUCCUUCAAACGCCUUGCUACGGAAGAUUCAUUUUCUCACAUCCGGGGAAAAAGAAGCCACUCGAACGUUUGUCCAAGCGUGUGUUCUAGCCGGAUGCGAUUUCAUUGACUCGCUUCCGAAUGUGGGAUUUGCUACUGCCGUCAAACGCAUUUUCAAUUUUCGUGGUGCACCCUCUCACUUGCGAGUCCAACGGUUGGUGAGCAAGCUUUCAAGCUCCGGCACAAAGGUUCCAAGUGGCUUUAUGCAAGAAUUUUACAAGGCAGAAACCAUAUUCUUCCACCACAUUAUCUUCAAUCCUAAGAAACGUAGCUGCGAGCUCCUUAUCGAUGAAAAACACAUUAAUUGUUUUCCUGACAUUCUGCAGCGCGCAAAAGAAUCAUUAGGCAUCACAUCACAAGACCUAAUCUCAGACGCCCAAGAGGACGGUUUGCACGCACUUGCGACUGCCACGAAGAGCUUUCUUGGAGGAGUUUUGUCGCGUGAGAUUGUCGAGAAAAUAUACAAGGGUGAAGUGUGUGCACGAACGCUUUGUAUCAAUUUCGAUAGCCCCAAAACGAGCUUACAACAGCAGGAAUGCUUUGAUGGGUCUCAGUCGAGUGCAAAAGCACUGUCCGCUUCUCGUGAACUACUUGGUAAAUGCAACGGCUACUCACAAAAGACUGAUCAAGGAUUUUCUACAGUGAUUACGCGAAGAGAAGUCCGACAGCUUUCACCUAUUGCGACAGCCCAGCAGAACGAGAGCAGGAAGCGCUCGCAGGCAAACGAACGUGCUGUAUCGAUUCGAGGUCUGAUGAGCAUUUACAAGACCGCAACUGUAGUGACGACACCCGCAAGAUAUGAAACAUCAAAGGGGGUAAGAUCGACAACUCAAACUUUACAAACGGGUCCAAAGCACUUCAACAAUGGCAGCAACCACUCAAGUACUGACGCAUCAGUACCUUCGACAAGCAUACUAUCGACAACAGUUUCAGAGGUCAAGUCGUCUACGGUAACUUCAAUGUCCGUGAAGGAUCUUAUCGCAAAGCAUUCUCAAUCUAUCCAAGAAGCAAAAUCACCUGACGAUCAAGAAAUAUUUACGAAAGUUGCGUCGCAGAGUGCACCCGAGUCUAGAAAGAGGUCACAAACAGCAACGAAACCUGUAGCCAGUAUUGGUAAGAAAGGUCGAACAUUCACGGAUAAACCGAUUCCAAACGGUAGCUGCAAAACUCUGUUUGACUUUUUUCAGCAACGAUGA